AUGUUUAAUACCCCAGCAACACGGGAUAAUUUCUUCAAGAAACUCUAUGACCGAAACCAGUAUUCAUACUUCACGAAUACAAUUGAGAUGUUGUUGAUUUCUAUCGACAUUGAAUAUUUGACACCAAUGGAAUCCGGCAAGAUUAACUAUCAGAAAGCUAAUGGUAAACCUAUAAAGUGUCUUGAGGAUAUUGCUGCUUUAUCUCCUAACACUAAUGGGGAUGAAAACAAAAAUGCCCAUA